GCGCGCGCCUGUGAUUGGUGCACACCUGUGCGCGAGCAGAAACACAACAGCACCGGGGCGAGGUGAGAGUGUCCCGGCUGAGCUGCUGCGACGCGCCCUUAACAGCUGGACAUGAACCCGUGCAGAAAUCCACACAGGGUCGUGUAGGACUUUUGAAGUCUGGCGUCUCAGGAUGAUGCGUUUCCUGUUGCUGUUCAGCCGUCAGGGGAAACUGCGGCUGCAGAAAUGGUUCACGGCUCUCAGCGAUCGUGACAAGAAGAAGAUCAUAAGAGACGUCACGCAGAUGGUGCUGGCGAGACCGCCAAAGGCCUGCAACUUCCUGCAGUGGAGGGAUCUGAAGAUCGUCUACAGAAGGUAUGCGAGUCUGUAUUUCUGCUGUGGUUUGGAAGAAGAGGACAAUGAGCUGCUCACGCUGGAGCUUCUGCACAGAUACGUCGAGCUGCUGGAUCAGUACUUUGGCAAUGUGUGUGAAUUAGACAUAAUUUUUAACUUUGAGAAGGCUUACUUUAUCCUGGAUGAGUUUGUCAUUGGUGGAGAGGUGCAGGAAACAUCCAAAGCAUCUGUGGCCAAAUCGAUGGAGGAGUCAGAUUCUCUUCAGGAGACAAUGGAGGAGUAUAUAAACAAACCAACAUACUGAAGGAACAUCUUCAGAUAAUCACAGCCAUCAUCUCAGUCUUCAAAGACACAAUAACAAGAACUUCAUAAGUUUCCAUUCAAAGCCACUACACUGAAACAGCAGCACUUUGCAUUAUGCAGCAUCUCAACUUUUGAGAUUGUGAGAAUACUAUUAUUAAAUUAUAGGGGUUUAUAAUCAAAUGUAUCACAAUUUUUGGUUAUAGACAUUCAGAAAGGGAGAUAUACACUCAUGUACACUAGCGUUCAAAAUUUUGGGGUCAGUAAGAUUUUUUUAAAAGUAAUUAAUACUUUCAUUCAGCAAGGAUGCAUUAAAUUGAUCAAAGAUGACAUUUAUAAUGUUACAAAAGAUUUCUGUUUCAAAUAAAUGCUGUUCUUUUAAACUUUCUAUUCAUUAUAGAAUCCUAAAAAUUAUAUAUAUAACAAAUCAUCAUAUUAGAAUGAUUUCUGAAGGAUCAUGUGACACUGAAGACUGGAGUAAUGAUGCUGAAAAUUCAGCUUUGAUCACAGGAAUAAAUUACAUUUCAAAAUAUCCUCAAACAUUAAACAGUUAUUUUAGUGCAGUACAACAGUUUCUGUAAUAAUAUUAUGGUUUUUACUGUAUUUUUGACCAAAUAAAUGCAGCCUUGAGGAGCAGAAGAGACUUUAAAAACAUUAAAAAAUCUUAACCGACCCCAUACCUUUUAACCUUUUGACUACGCUGUGACAUUAACCCUCAGGUUUCUUCUUACUGUGAGAUAAAUUUGUAUUUUUCUUUGCUGGCUGACAAUCAAUAACUCUGAGACAGAUCUUAGAUUGUCUUGUUUUGAACUAAAACUGAAAGGAACAAAUGUUUAUGUUUCAUCUGAAAAAAAAAAAAAAAUUACUUUUUGUGAGGACUGCCCAAGCUAUUGAACCAAAUAUGUAAUUUUUUUUUUUUUUUUUAAAUAAAUAUCAAAAUGCUUUUUAAUAGCAAUUUUUGGUUUUUUGAGAAUGUGUGAAUUGUAGUAGUAUAAAUAAAGAAGGGAUGUCAUGGUGAGGAAAUUUUCACAUGCUAUAAAAAUUUGCGACAACACCGCUUUUAAAUGCAUGCUCGCUUUUUACUUUCGCUUUCAAACUCGUGGUCACGCGUACUCUUUGUCUAGGGAGCAGCGGUACUGAACGCACAAUUUUACAAGAUAUUUGUCAAUGACUCUCGGGAUCUGUUGCGCACCAAAUCUUCUGCCAUUGUCUUGUCAGUCAUCAAUGGAAGCUUGUUUCUGCCACUGAAUAAAAAAUAAAAAGGUAAUUGCAACUUUUAUCUCACAAUUCUGACUUUUUUUCUCGUAAUUGCGAGUUAUAAAGUCAGGAUUGUGAGAUAUAAACUCGCAAAAAGACUUUUUUUUCUCCUCAGAAUUUGACUUUUUAACUCGCAAUUGUGAGUUUAUAUCUCACAAUUCUGAGAAAAAAAUUCAGAAUUGCGAGAAAAAAAGUAAGAAUUAUGAGUUUAUAUCCCGCAAUUCCGAGUUUAAAUCACAAUUCUGACAUAACUCGCAAUUGCAAGUUUAUACCUCGCAAUUCUGAGAAAAAAAGUCAGAAUUGCAAGAAAAAAAGUCAGAAUUGCAAGAAAAAAAGUCAGAAUUGCAAGAAAAAAGUCAGAAUUCAGAGUUUAUAUCCUGCAAUUCUGACAUUAUAACUUGCAAUUUUUUAUAUCUCGCAAGAUGUAAACUCUCAAUUGCAAGAAAAAAGUCAGAAUUAGGACUUUAUAUCCCUCAAUUCUGACUUUAUAACUCGCAAUUGCGAUUUUAUAGCUUGCAAUUCUGAGAAAUAAAGUCAGAAUUG